ACCGAGCCACACUGCGUAACAUUACUGACAGACAGUUGUCACCUCCCUAACAGGACAAUAAGAACACACACAUACCCAUACACUGCCCCCACUUGGACACUGAAGCAGAGGCAACACUGGUAAUAGAGGGAAAGAGAGAGUAAGAGAGAGCAAGCAGACAGAGCGCUGGUCUGGUCUGGGUUGUGGCGUGCAGCAUUGACAAGCCUGUUAACUAUAGAGAGUCAUAUAAAUGCUUUAUAACAUGUGUCUGUGAAUCUGCAAAGAACACAUAAACAUAGACUGCCAGCCGCUUCCCGCCUCCUGCAGCAUUGGACAGCACCCGGCUGGAUAUACUUGUCACAGGGGCAGGGGGACAGUCACAGUCAAAGAGAGACUAGCUAGCUGAGCCCAGGGGACUACAAUCAACAGGUGGAGCUGAACAAAUAAGCUAUUGGUCGCAGGCUCAGCCAACAAGACCAAGGACAGAAGCGUCAGUAGAAGGCCUUGUCAGAGAGAGCACUAGAGAGCAUGUGGAAGCCACAGCCAUUGUUUAAAACAACGCCAGAGACAACAACUGAAGCCUAGCCCCAGAGACUGAAGUCACAGCACAGAGCUUCGGAGACAACACUGAAGCCAGUGAAUCCACAACCCCUGAGCCCCAAAGAGACCACCACUGCGGGAUGACUUCAACACUGUGACUGACUCUAGACCCACUGGAGUUCCAACUGUACAGCUGGGAACCAGAGCUAAAGACCAGAAUAAUAGGAUACUAAACUCACGUCUCAAAGGGAUUAUUGUGUGGUUGUGUGUGUUGCUCUGUGUGUGUGGUUCUGUGUGUGUUGUCUUGGGUGUAGCAGUGCAGUGUGUGAGCUAGUUUUGUUUUAAGUUCUGUGUGUGUAGUUCUCCAUCAGCAGAUGUUGCAGAAAUGGCCAGCAUGGUGGUCCAGCUCUUGGGCUUCUUCCUGGGUCUGUUGGGGCUUGUAGUUAGUGUAGUUGCUACGGUGCUCCCCCAUUGGCGGCGGACGUUAUAUGUGGGCUCUAACAUCAUCACAACUACUGCAUACAUGAAGGGGCUCUGGAUGGAGUGUGUGUGGCACAGCACGGGCAUCUACCAGUGUGAAGUACAUCGCUCAAUGCUGGCUCUGCCACCUGACCUACAAGCAGCGCGGGCGUUGAUGGUGCUAUCCUGUCUGACCUCCACCCUGGCAGUCCUGGUGUCCUCUACAGGGAUGAAGUGUACCCGCUGUGCCCGACGCUCCCCCACCAAGCACGUCCUGGCCAUCAGUGGAGGGGUCUGCUUCCUGUCUGCAGGCAUGCUCUGCCUUAUCACUGUCUGCUGGACAACCAAUGAUGUCAUCCUCGACUUCUACAACCCCAUCCUACCUGAAGGUAUGAAGUAUGAGAUUGGCAUGGCGGUGUAUUUGGGCUAUGUCUCGGCCUGUCUAAGUCUGAUGGGAGGGGCGGUGCUCUGUUGGAACUGUGAGGGGCGGCCCGGGAACGCCCUCCCCCUCCAGCUACCUCGUCGUCACCACCCUCCUCCUCCCCCUGUCUUCAGCACUUUAAACACCCCAGCACCCCCCUACUAUCCCCCUACCGCACUGAAUGGCAACCGCGCUCCCUCACGCACCUCAGUGUCCAGCAGUGGCUACAGACUCAACGACUAUGUCUGAGGGAUGGAGUACACACUCAAUUAUUGCUUCCUAGUGUGGAAGUGGACACACUUAAUUAUUAUGUUUGAAUGUGGAAUAUAAUACAGACUGAUUGACUACGUCUAAGGGAGGUUCACACUCAAUGACUUUCCAGACAACCUCCAGAGAGUAACUGAGGAUGAGUGUGUUGAUGUUGUUCAGGUUGUGUCCUUCUUCUCUGAGGUAAAGUCCACAAGGUAAUCCUGUCCUCUUUAUCCUGUUGACUUUGUAUGUUUACUAUAAGAAUCCAGAAACACACUUUUGAACAUCUACAGCCUUAUUCCCUAAUACAAAAGGAGCUUCCUUCGAAAAGGCCUUUAGGACAAAGACAGCAUAUACCAUAAUGAGGACAAAGAGAGCAUAUACCAUAAUGAGGACAAAGACAGCAUAUACCAUAAUGAGGACAAAGACAGCGUGUACCAUAAUGAGGACAAAGACAGCGUGUACCAUACUGAGGACAAAGACAGCAUACACCAUAAUGAGGACAAAGACAGCAUACACCAUAAUGAGGACAAAGACAGCAUACACCAUAAUGAGGACAAAGACAGCAUACACCAUAAUGAGGACAAAGACAGCAUACACCAUAAUGAGGACAAAGACAGCAUACACCAUAAUGAGGACAAAGACAGCAUACACCAUAAUGAGGACAAAUACAGCAUACACCAUAAUGAGGACAAAGACAGCAUACACCAUAAUGAGGACAAAGACAGCAUACACCAUAAUGAGGACAAAGACAGCAUACACCAUAAUGAGGACAAAGACAGCAUACACCAUAAUGAGGACAAAGACAGCAUACACCAUAAUGAGGACAAAGACAGCAUACACCAUAAUGAGGACAAAGACAGCAUACACCAUAAUGAGGACAAAGACAGCAUACACCAUAAUGAGGACAAAGACAGCAUACACCAUAAUGAGGACAAAGACAGCAUACACCAUAAUGAGGACAAAGACAGCAUACACCAUAAUGAGGACAAAGACAGCAUACACCAUAAUGAGGACAAAGACAGCAUACACCAUAAUGAGGACAAAGACAGCAUACACCAUAAUGAGGACAAAGACAGCAUACACCAUAAUGAGGACAAAGACAGCAUACACCAUAAUGAGGACAAAGACAGCAUACAUCAUAAUGAUAAGCCAUAUAGGGUACUUCCAUGUGUAUUAUUAUGUGUUCCAGUUUCGUAGCUCAUAACUUCAUGGCUGUUAGAUGAACACAAAUAGAUUUCUAACUGCUCCAA